AUGCCUCCUUUUAAAAUCGGAGGCGGGCCAACAAUUCAAACCAGUAAAGUUGGAGAAAUUGUCAGAAGAAUGGGUUUGGCGCCAUCUGAAAGUGAAAUUGAGAGAUUUGCUGCAAGUAUUGGGCAGACAUGUGAUUUGCAGUCUUUUAUCAAGUUUUGUGAUUCUAUUGUACAUCCAGAAGAUACUUUUGACAACCUGGUUCAAUUUUUCAGAUCUUAUGAUUCAAAUGUAGGUCGAAAAAUUCUAAUCCAAUUCUAA